UCAACACAAGACCGAAAAGAGUUUCAAAGGUGCAAACUAUGGCUUCAGAAAUGAUCAUAAAAUACAGAGAGAAAGCAGAGAUCAUCCAUGGCGAGGAGCUAUGCAAGAAGAGAUCAACUGAGCUCUUAGAAGAGAUGAUGUUGCCCAACAAUUUGCUACCAGUGGAGGAGAUGGAGGAAGUGGGUGUCAACAAAGAAGAUGGCUUCUUCUGGUUGAAGCUGAAGAAAGCCCAGAAGUACAAAUUCCCCAAAGUUGGUGACACCCUCUAUGCUACAGAAAUCGCAGGCUUCAUCGAACCUCGUCGUCUUAAAAACUUGAAAGGAGUGACUGCUAAGGAGUUAAUGCUCACCUUCACCAUCACUGAAAUUUAUAUCGAUGAUCCUUCCUCUGGGAAGAUCAACUUCAAGACUGCUAGUGGUUUUUCUCGUAAACACCCCAUCUCUUGCUUUGAGCUCCCAAAAUCAGACAAGAAAUGAAACACCACUUCAAAAAAAUUUCCCAUUUGAAUAAGUGUUGUUAGGUUAGUGGAG